ACUGUGAACAUCGUGCAGCAAUGCGAGACAAUUCUCGAACAUUUGCCGAGGUAUUGCUGAUGCUGCAGCACUACUGUUAUAGCUUCGAUUAAAAGCCUGAAGUAAAGACUGAAUGCAUUAGGAAUCGUAGAAGCAGCGGGGUAAAUCCCCUGUGUUCGCUGAGUGUGAGCAUGGAGGAUUAUGAUUACUUAUUCAAAAUUGUGCUGAUAGGAAAUGCAGGAGUGGGUAAAACCUGCCUGGUGCGACGUUUCACUCAGGGGCUCUUUCCUCCUGGACAGGGUGCCACAAUUGGAGUUGAUUUUAUGAUUAAAACUGUGGAAAUAAAAGGAGUUAAGGUGAAGCUCCAGAUUUGGGACACAGCUGGUCAGGAAAGGUUUCGCUCUAUAACCCAGAGCUACUACCGCAGUGCCAAUGCCCUGAUCCUCACCUAUGACAUCACCUGCGAAGAUUCCUUCCGGUGCCUUCCUGAGUGGCUGAGGGAGAUUGAGCAGUAUGCCAACAACCAAGUGGUGACAAUCCUAGUAGGGAAUAAGAUAGACUUGGCUGAUAAGCGAGAAGUCCUUCGUCAGCGAGCAGAGGAGUUUGCAGAAGCUCAGAGCAUGCUUUAUCUGGAGACCUCUGCCAAGGAAUCAGACAACGUGGAGAAGCUCUUUCUAGAUCUGGCCUGCGAACUAAUCCGUGACGCCAAGCAAAACACGUUGGACAACAACGACUCCACUCCCAUGCCCGGAGAAGGGAAAAACAUCAAUUAUUUGGGCUGCUGCAGCAUGAACUAGUAAACUUGGCCACGCUGUCUGGCUGAAGAGACAACAUGGAUUGCAUACAAAGUGGUUGUAUUGUUGGUGGCCACUGCGUAGUUGCACACUACAGUCUACACUAAGGUCUACUUUAUUCUUCUUAAAUCCCUGAGUAUUUUAAAAAAUCGUAAUGCUGCUUUUAAAGUUGGCAUCUGAAGCUCCUAUGCUUUUGACCAUGGCCUUGUUGUUAUACAGUAGUGCUUGCUGGUAGGUCAGACAAUGAGAUUUUUUACACUCCUGAACAAUGCAACAGUUGGGAUGUCAUUUUAGAGAUUUGAAAAACAACAACAAAGUUUUGAAUGCAGAUCUUCAUCAGCAAUUUCACCCACCUGAUAGAUUGGUUCAUCAAAAAAUGUGUAAUUUAUUUACUCUCAUUUUGUUCCAAAUUCAUAUUAUUUCCAACAUAUACUGAAUCAGGAACAGCAAAAUUAUUUAAUGGCACCUCAUUUUCCUGUGGAUGACAGGGAAAAAAUAAACAUGCUUUUAUGUUGACAUCGUGAAGCAUUGCAGACAUGGGAUUGGUGACACAUUACAAAAAGUUAAAUAAUUAAACCUUGUGUCCUGAUGCCUAUUUGUUGUUUACAAAUCCUCACGACAUCUUACCUCUGGCAAAUUGUGCCGUUAUCUGGAGAAAAAAAACAUGUAAUCUGAAUCUUAUGGCAAGCUAUAUUACUUUUAUUCUUUUGAAGCCAUAUGAUGCUUUCAGGUUUGGAACAAUAUGAGGGUAAAUGAAUGAUGAAACAGUUUUUGUUUUACGUUUGGCUGCACCAUUAACGGGUGUUUUACCCUAACCAUUUAUUUCUGUUAUCAUUUACUAACCCUCGACUUGAUCCAAACUGGUUUGAGUUUUUCUCUUCUGUUCAUCACAAAAGAAUAUAUUUGUAGAAUGUUAUUUACUUGUUGUAAUUAACAUAGUAUUUUUUCCCGUUACUAGCAAUGUAAGUAGCUGGGUUUCCGUCAACCUGUGCUAAUGCACAUUUUGAUGUAUCGCAAGUGAUGGAAACACCAAAUUUGACAUAAAAUUUCUUUGAUUUGCAAAAAAGGUUUUUACACUUGCUUUCAGUGGUUUUGGGGUUCAAAAUAACCCUUAUUUUUUGUGAAAAAAUGUGAGAUUGAAAAAACUGAAUAAACUGGCUUGGUUGCUCUUUAGUACUGGUUGCUAGGUUACCAGUACCACAGAAAGCCACUCUAAUAAACUGAUGGAAAUGCGCCUAAUUUGCAUAGCUUUUUUUGUUAACUUUUAAAAGAUUCACUUCAUGUUAAAAUUGAAACCCAGCUAAUGGUUACUACAUCAAAAAAAAAUAUAUAUAUAUGUUUUUGUGUUCAACAGAAAACCCAUAAAGCUUUGGAACCACUUGAGGGUAAAUAGUGAAAACAUUUUCUAUUUUUGUUGAACUAUCCAUUUAAGACAGUGGUGCUCAACCCUGUUCCUGGAGAUCAACCUUUCUGCAAAGUUCAGCUCCAACCCUGAUCAAACACACCUGAACCAAUUAAUUAGGACCUGAACAGCACUUGGUAAUUACAGGCAGGUGUGUUUGAUAUACGUUGCAACUGAAAUCUGCAGAAAAGUCGAUCGAGGGUUGAGCACCCCUGAUUUAAGAUCUAUUCCCACACGAAUGGUGUAUUAGUGUGUACAUGCUUAUUGAUGAUUUCUUGCAAGAUUGUUUUAGGUUGCUUAUGCAUGCAUUUUUUUUUCCCAAGUAAAGAGAUCAGCACUGCAAAGUGACAGCCAGCUACCUUCAGUAAUCUGUGACAGGAAGAUGUGAUGUGAAACCUCAUUUUAGUCCUUGUUUAUUAGGCAGCCAGUUUAUAGGAAUAUAAAACCCUCUUAGUGCUUGCAUGGAUGUUUGGCUGUAAAUACUCAACAAAGGCCAGGCCAUUUCGAUAAGUCAUAGCAAAAACCCAAUGUGCCUCUGCCAUUUUCAUCCUGUCGUCACGCAUUAGACUCAAGGGAAUCUCAUGGAGCAUAUUUGGGUCAAAUUUCACACUAAAAUAUGGUUCAGUUAGGGUCAAUAUAUAUUGUAUUGAGUUUGGUUUAAAUUUUAAGAAAAUUCACACUACUCUAAUGCAAUAAUCAGAACAAUCAUUUUCAAUAUAACCCUUAUUUUCAUUAUUAUUUUCUUAGGUUAUAAGAGUGCUUACACAACAUGGUAUUAUAUGAUGAACUGCGAAAAUAAUAAUAAAAAACAGAGUUAUACUUUUUUUUUAAUCAAAUGAAAUACACUACUAAACAAAUGCAGCCUUGGUAAGCAUAUAAAACAUUUUUUAUUUAAAAAAGUUUCAUAUGCUCACAGAAAGUGUAUAUAAUUAAUAAAAAAGCAUACAAGCAAAAACAAAAUUCAGUCCUACUAGCCCCACACUUUUGAAUGGUUUCAUGAGAUUUACCUGUCCAGGCUUUUCAAAUUACAAUGGAUUAUUAGCAGCAAAGCUAAUGAUAUCAUUCAUUUAUAUCUUUUCACAUUUUACACAAAAAAUUAAAUAUGCAGUACCUCAAAUGCUUCACUCUGUAUAGAUUGAUUCAAACUCCCACCCCAAGGUUUACUACAAUUCCAAUUUUGAGAUAUUCUGUCCUUAUCCAAAACAUACUAAGAAUAUUUAUAGUUAAUUUAGUCCAUGCAGCUUUGCUAUUGUAAUAACUACAGUGAUGUUUAAAGCUUUUAGCACUCGUGAGUAGAUUGAGAAGAGUUUGUGUGAAUGAGAUAUCAUGCAAUUCAUAGAUAUUUCAAUGAGUUCUUGCACAAAUGCUCUUUGUGUUUCAGUGUUAAAGAAAAAGAUGAUGGAAUUUUUAACAGUGUGGUUUGUGUGUUACCUCCAACCUUGGCUGUGCUGUAAGGUUGUUUGCACCUAUGUCAUUACGAUGGAACUGUGAAUCUCCUCUUUUAUAGAUUUUCAGUAUUUAACUUGCUGCUACAGAGCUUUUCAUUCAUUUAUUUGUAACAAAUUUGACUGUAUUUGAGAUCAUAGAUGCCAUCAGAUGCUUGGUUAUUAGUAGAGCUUUUCACAUUUCAUUGAUUCUGAGAUGUUCAAAAUACAUCACUAUUCUCUCUUGAAUCAAUUCUGUGCUUAGUUUCUAAACUGCAAAUGGUACUGUCUGUAUGUCUGUAUGUUUUACAGACAUUCUAGUUCCUUACAAACUCAACUUGAACCAAAAAUAAGGAUAAUAAAGUUAGGAAGCAAAUUAAGAGUGCUCAUAGUGAGCUGUGUUUAAUUUAUUUUGUGACAUAAAAGACAACGUAGCCUUAUAUGCACCAGCACUCUUCCACAUGAGUGUUUUAGUGUAUGGCUAAAUAAACAAAUAUAGAAUUUCAAGAGUUCACACUUAGCUGAUGAUUGAUUAUAAAGCAUGUUUGGCAUGCUGUCCCGGGAGAGAGCCCUGAGCUCAUAAGAUCCUCGAGCCCGGGGCUCCCACCUGUUGCAAGGCAGGAGGGGAGUUUGAGCUCUUGUAGAUCUCGAGAACCCCCUUGCUGUAAUAACUAAGGAACAGAUAGUGAUUGCUCUUGAGAGAUAACUACAUACUAGAAGCAUGUCUAUGGUGCUGAUUUGGAUUAGUCAAUUAACUUAAGUUGCAUGUUUUUGGACGGUGGGAGGAAACCGGGGAAC